UGGCUGGGGCUCGGACCAUUGGGGAGGCCGGGCUGCGCCUGCGUACUGAGAGGCCCGGCGGUGGCGGCGGCGGCGGCGGCAGCUGUGAGGGGGUUCCCGGAAGAUGGUGCUGAUUAAGGAAUUUCGUGUGGUUUUGCCGUGUUCUGUUCAGGAGUAUCAGGUUGGACAGCUUUACUCUGUUGCAGAAGCCAGUAAGAAUGAAACUGGUGGCGGAGAAGGGAUCGAAGUCUUGAAGAAUGAACCUUACGAGAAGGAUGGAGAGAAGGGACAGUACACACACAAAAUUUACCACCUGAAGAGCAAAGUCCCUGCAUUUGUAAGGAUGAUUGCUCCUGAGGGAUCCCUGGUGUUUCAUGAGAAAGCCUGGAAUGCUUACCCCUACUGUAGAACAAUUGUAACGAAUGAAUAUAUGAAAGACGACUUCUUCAUCAAAAUCGAAACAUGGCACAAACCUGACUUAGGAACAUUAGAAAAUGUUCAUGGUUUAGAUCCAAACACAUGGAAAACUGUUGAAAUUGUCCACAUAGACAUUGCAGAUCGAAGUCAAGUUGAACCAGCAGACUACAAAGCUGAUGAAGACCCUGCAUUAUUCCAGUCAGUCAAGACCAAGAGAGGCCCCCUGGGACCUAACUGGAAGAAGGAGCUGGCGAACACCCCCGACUGUCCUAAGAUGUGUGCCUAUAAGCUGGUGACCAUCAAGUUCAAGUGGUGGGGGCUGCAGAGCAAAGUAGAGAACUUCAUUCAGAAGCAAGAAAAACGGAUCUUUACAAACUUACAUCGCCAGCUCUUUUGUUGGAUUGACAAGUGGAUUGACCUGACGAUGGAAGACAUCAGGAGAAUGGAAGAUGAGACUCAGAAAGAACUAGAAACAUAAACCUGAAAGCACUGAGAAACGGCUCUCAAAACAGCUUCCUCUCUGGUCCAGAGACAGUGAAAGGUGGACCAGACCACGACCCCUCCCCUGAAGCGCUUUCUCAAAGCAUAUUGACACUUUCCUUGCAAUUGGAUCCCUGAUAAUUUGCUGCCAGACUGGAGGCCUUUGUUUAAAUGCUUAGUUAACUUCCAGGCUGUUUAAGGAAAACCCCACACAAGUUUGUUGAAGCCAGGACCAGUUGAAAGCCUCAGAACCACAUCCCUUCUGGGGAUACAUGAGAAGUAGAUAAUCUCAAUGUAAUCAUUGCUAGAUCUUUUUUCUCCACUUGCUUACUAACCCCUACAUAGAAUCAUUUUAGCAGCUCAUGAUUUUAUUUUACAUUUAGAUGCGUAAGAAGGGUUCCGUCCGAGGCACGUCGGCUGCUGAUGCCUAGAUGAGUCCCCUGUAGGUCAGAGACAUUUUCAAACUGUGUAAGUGAAGACCUGGGUAAAAGAAUGUCUAAAAGCCUGUGCCUUUUGGUGAUGGGGAGUUAACUGCUGAGCCCGCCAUAGGCUCUUGCCUGUGUUGACGGGAUUCUACUUUUAAAAUUGAAGAGGUGCCUAUUGUAGAAACUGUGAGCAUGUAUGUUUUGUGGAUCACUCUGUGGGCCAAGUUGAAUGUCACAGUCUCUGCCCCAUUGUCAGUGGCACUGUCCUGGAAGCUGGAUGACCUUUUGAUAGCCAGCUGAUUAGUGGAACUGUUUCUCAGUAGAACCUUUUGCGGUUCCCAAGGAAAUCCAGGAUCCUUCCUGCCACACUGUCAGGCCAACUUCAGUAGCUCACUGUAGGUAGAAUGUGUUCUGUGUGCUACAGUCUCCCUGUUUACUCUGUAGUUUACUUUGUAAGCCUAACAUUUUUCUGUGGUGUUCCCUACCAAAGCCUAUGUGCCCACAUGACAUUUCCAUAGAUGGAACAGAGAGCAUCCACGUCCCCCCACAGACGUAGACAGAACAAGAGCAGCAGAACUCCCCUUGUGUGCAAAUGUGAGUAAGGACAGGAGCAGGGCCCUGUGCCCAAACCUGCACUGACCUCCUUGCUGGUCGCUUAACAGAGCUGCUGCCUUCCCCAUCGACUAAGUGAGAGGUGUCGGGUCAUGAAAAGGAGCUGCUGGGCCAAAAAGAACUGAGGAGCACUUCUGAGAUUGCCCCAAAGUUAUUUAUAUUUCAUUCAAAACAAAAACCCGGUUUUUGUUUUGUUUUGUUUUUAAGUACUAACUUUCUGUGAUUUGUUCAUGCUUCGAAUUUACUUUUCUCUGUGAUGAAAUAAAAUGUUUUGCUUUUAUCAUAGCCAGUCUUUAAACAGAACGCAAAGUUUUAGGGUGCAGUAGUUUGGGGAACAUUUUUCUAUCCGAUUUUUCCCAGUAUCUCAGGAGAGCCUGGGCCUAACUUGCUGUGUGCUUCUUUACAGCUACGGAGUCAAGGCCAAGUGAGGGGAACAAGUGCAGCCUGUGAUGAGUGAAGACGCCCACCA